AUGGUUAAUAAAAAGUUGAACAAAGAGUUCAGUUAUUAUACUGAUACAGAUUAUACAAAUUUCUCUGAUACAGAUCUGUCUUUAAAAACUGAGUCAAGUUCAAGACUUUUACAAUUAAGCUCAAACACAAAGGCCAAAUCAAAAUAUUCUUGUAACUAUUCGAAGCCUAAUAAAUUAUUUUCAAAAUUAAGAAAAUAUAAUCAAAAAUUCACACAUAUGAUACAUUCUAGACUCCACAUUCGAGAAACAAAACUUUCUAAAUCAAUAAUAUUUAGUGUUUUUGUUUUCAUAAUCUUUUUAAUAACUAAUCAUUAUUCUUCUAAAGAAUAUAAAAUAUCAUACUCUUACUAUAGCCCAGUUUUGUUCUACAAACAAUAUUCAGUCGAUAGGAUAAAGGGACUAUUAGAUCUAGACUUAUCUUCCAAAUUUAAUUCAAUUUCUUAUAUAGAAAACCUACCAAUUAAUUCGAAGAUAAUAGAUGACAAAUAUCAAACCUUUAGAUUUAAGGGAUACACUCCAAAUAUGCGAUUUGAUCAAUUAAAAAUGUUGGAAAAUAAUAAAAACACUAAUAAUAAAGAUAUAGUGAAGUUUGAUAAUCAUAUUGAUGAAGGCACGCUGGUAAAAGCAAGUUGUGAGGAUUUAGAACAUAAUGGUGAAGUUCAAUACUCAAAAGAGCGUACAAUACUGAAAGAUGAUUUAAUUGCUGUUCGGAAAAAUAUUUUGACUAAAGAUGAUUUUAUUACAAACAUAAUUAAGAAUCACGAAGACAGUGAAAAAGAUAUGAAAGUAGAAGAUAUUAUUCGUAAGAAAUGGUUUAAAUUUGGUACUUCAAGUGUGUGGUUGGAGAAAGAGCAAUGUUACCUUGCAAUUUCGCGAAUUCUUUAUUCCAGCGAAGGUAUUAAAACGAAACCUGUUGUUUCAGUUUUAAGAGCUCAAACUUUUGAUAAAAAUUGGAAAGAAAUAAUAGGCAAAAGAAUCCCAAGAGUUGAUGUAGAUUUACCACAAAAUCUUGAAGUUGAGUUGGAAAAAGUUGAUAGAGAGUUUGGGAUAUCUUUCUCAUGUGAACAUUUAAAAGGGAACCCUACUGCAUAUGAUAAAUGCUUAGUUAAACAAGCAAAUGGGUAUUUGAAAGACUCUCAAAGAAGAGAUAAACUAUUAGAUCGUUAUUUUGUCACUUAUCCAACCAUAUUUAGAUUUCCUUUCAAGAGUGAUGGUAACUUUUUGGGAGCAGAAGAUCCACAUAUUGUAUUAAGAGAAAAAAAUGGAGUUGAGGAACCAAUUGUUGUUUUCAAUAUGGAUAAUGGACAUGGAAGAAGGAUGCAUGCAUAUUUACCACACCGUAGUUUUGAUCAAAUGAUAGAAUUUAAAUUUAAUGAUGAAGAGAUGAAAUCAACGGAAAAAGGUUGGGCCCCAUUUUACAAAAGAGAGUACAAUGAAGAAAGUAUCUCUUCGCUAUCAAGAGGUUCUAUUCAUUUCAUUUACAACUUCCAACCUUUGGAAAUUUUGAAAUGUUCAUUAAAUGAUGGAUUAUGUGAAAAAAUAUUCCAAACUCAAUCUUUAGGAUUAGAAAGUGGAUCUUUACUAAAAGAUGUUACCGGUGGGACACAAUUCCGAUCUCUGCCAUCAUCUUUACCAUUGAUUGAAAACAAGAAUAUAUGGGUUGGAUUUUCUAAAUAUAAAGCAACCGAUUGUAAAUGCGGACACUCAUUUUAUAGGCCCAUGCUACAAGUGUUGCUAGAAUCAAAUGGGGUGUUUUAUAUGGACCUUUUCUCACCUUCUAUGGACUUUGAUUCUGACAUAUUAAGUUGGGAUGAGAAAAAUUUUAACUGUGGUGGUAUAAACCAAAUGGCCCCUAAUUCCAUUGCCUCUUGGGAGAUUUUAAAACAAGAUGUGGCUACCCAAAAAUAUUAUGAUUACAUGACGUUCACAUAUAGUGAAUCUGACACAUUAUCUAAAGCUAUGGUCAUCAAGGGUUUAUUAAAUUAUAUAUUGAAAACCUAUACAGAGAAAGGUAUCGACGAGGAAUAUAGUAUUAACAGUCAUACAGAUUAUAUUAUGGGCUCUGCAUUAAAAUGUGUGGAAGCUCAAGCCCAUGAUAGGUGUACAGAAUAUUUACAGCUUCAUUCAUAG